CAAAUGCCAACCUACGGCUUCGCCGAGUCCCCAACUCAGAGUCAGAGGUGAUGCAGUAGAAACCGCCUUUUAUCUCAAAAUUCGACUGAGACACAACUUAAACUCAACUUCUUUCAGUUCAAUAAAUAUCUUACAUGUGUAUAUGCCCAUUUCGUUUCUCUUCACCGGACUCUCUUCGCUUCUUCUUACAGGGAAUUUCUGAAUUUUGGAGAGAUUGCGGUAACUGCUGAAAAUGCCUGUUACCCAAUUCAGCGGUGGUUCUGUUUCGAAUGGAAUGACCAAUAGAGCCAGUAAAAGCCACCAAAUUACAGAAAAAUUUAAGCCCAUUUCUUCAGUGCGCAUAGGGGACUCGGGAAAAUUUGUUGCUUUUACUAGUAGGCAGAAGUUAGGCCAUGUAGAUAUUGUUGGGGGCUGCUAUUUGGUCAGAAGGCACAGACAAUGUUUCAUUCCGUUGAUGACCCAUAGUAGAAAGAAUCGUUUCCCCGUGGUCAGUAAUCAGAGGAGUUCAGAUAGUGGCGCCAGUUCAUCUGAGAUUGAUGAAAGAUUGGUUUUUAAAGAUGAGAGUUCUCUUGACGGUGGAGGCAAUGGUGCUUCUGAAUUGGCAGAAGUUCCUAGCGUUGUAUUACAUUCUCCGGAUGUCAAGCGUGAGAUAAUGAUGCUUUCUAUACCUGCUAUUGCGGGGCAAGCACUUGAUCCUUUAGCACAGCUUAUGGAGACUGCUUACAUUGGUAGAUUAGGCUCUCUGGAGUUGGGUUCAGCUGGUGUUUCUGUGAACAUCUUUAACUACAUUUCAAAGCUAUUUAAUAUUCCUCUUCUCAGUGUUGCCACUUCUUUUGUUGCUGAAGACAUUUCAAGAAGUGAAAAUAAUUCUUCUGCUUCAGAGAUGCACUUUCUAAACAACAGUAGCAAUGGUAGUAGACCUUUUGAUGUAAUAGCAGAAAGAAAACAAUUACCAUCCGUGUCCACAGCUUUACUGCUAGCUGUUAUGAUUGGUACUUUUGAGGCUUUAGCCUUGUCUUUGGGAUCUGGCUUGUUUCUAAAUAUCAUGGGAAUAUCAUCAGAUUCACCCAUGCGGGCUCCUGCUCAGCGUUUUCUUUCACUAAGGGCUCUUGGUGCUCCUGCUGUUGUAGUGUCUUUGGCUCUUCAAGGAGUUUUCCGUGGGUUUAAGGAUACAAAAACUCCUGUUUUAUGUCUAGGUAUUGGGAAUCUUUUAGCUGUGAUUUUGUUUCCCAUACUUAUGUAUUCUUUCCAAAUGGGUGCAACUGGUGCAGCAAUUUCCACAGUUGUGUCUCAAUAUGUUGUCACCUUCUUAAUGCUAUGGUUUCUAAAUAAGAGAGCAAUACUACUGCCUCCAAAGAUGGGAUCAUUACAAUUUGGAGGAUACAUAAAAUCUGGUGGUUUUCUUCUUGGAAGAACUCUUGCUGUUCUAACAACCAUGACUUUGGGGACAUCAAUGGCUGCUCGUCAAGGCCCGGUUGCAAUGGCUGCUCAUCAGAUAUGCAUACAAGUAUGGUUGGCUGUUUCGCUUCUGGUUGAUGCCCUGGGUGCAUCUGCACAGGCUUUGACUGCAAGUUAUAUGUCUAAAGGUGACUAUAAGACAGUGAAGGAAAUUGCUCACUAUGUGCUGAAGGUAGGAUUGCUCACAGGUCUUGCCUUGUCUGCAAUUUUGGGUCUAUCUUUUGGUUCAUUAGCUACUCUGUUCACCAAGGAUGCUGAAGUACUAGCAAUUGUUGGUACUGGAGUAUUGUUUGUCAGUGCUAGUCAACCUCUGAACGCACUAGCUUAUGUUUUUGAUGGUCUCCAUUAUGGUGCUUCGGAUUUUGCAUAUGCUGCCCGUGCCAUGAUGGUGGUGGGAGGAAUGUCUUCUGCAUUUUUGCUAUAUACUCCGGCAGUCAUUGGUCUUCCCGGGAUUUGGCUAGGGCUGACUCUGUUUAUGGGUUUGCGGGUGGUGGCUGGAUUUUACAGAUUGCUGUCGAAAAAUGGACCAUGGUGGUUCCUGCACAGUGACUUUCAGAGAGUUGAGCUGGCCAAUUGAGGUGGGCAAAUUUUGGUGGUCAUUGAAAGUUUAAAGGCAUCAACCAAGUAUCAUGCUCAACCAUGAGAGAUGUUUCUGGUGUAAAUUAAAGUUAUAACCCAUUCUUGCAUUAGUUUUUUUAAUCUCACUUUCAAUUGGUAGCAGAAGCAAGAGAACAAGGUUGGUAGAUAUUGUUCAAGAAUCAUUAUCAUUUUAAAACCAAGCUGUGACAGAACUUCAUUGUCAAUAACAUUUAUUUAUUAUUUA